AUGAGGAUUCAAGACUUUUCGAAAUGUUCAGCUGUCCAGGACGAAGUGACUAGAGAGCUUGAAGCAAACUGGACCGUAGACGCCGUCCAGCCGGUUCAGCUCUCGUUUUCAGUCCGAGUGGGAAUCGGGUCUCGAGCCGUGGACUCACGAGCUCAGGGUCCCCCGACCCAGUCUCGGCCUCGGCUUCUCGCGACUGGGCAUCAGUCCUUGCCGACGGUUUCCGUCAACAUCUACGCUCUCGCCGCGAACUCCGCCUUCUCGGCGGUCGUACUGACCUGCCUCAACAGUCGCAUGGGCCCCGAAAGUCCGCCCGUCUCCGUCUCGACGCGACCAAGCGACCCGGCCACGGGUAAGUCGGCCCAGUCUUUGAUACCUCCCUGGCACUCGCAACCUCACAGUCGCCCAUCCCGACCUCGUUUGCCUACCGCCACUCCCAACUUUGUUUUCCCAUUUCAGCCCCUUUUCACUCGAAAUUUUUGA